AUGGCCAAGCAGUCCAUGCGCCAGCGGCUGGAGCAUCCGGAGCAGCGGCGCAGCGACUACCUGCAGUUGCUGCUCAACACGCGGCGGGAGGAUGGUCAACGGCGCUGCCUGACUGAUGACGAGAUCAUCGCCCAGUGUCUGCUCUUCUACUUCGCCGGCUAUGACACCACGUCCAAUGCGCUCGCCUGGACUGCACGCCUGUUGGCCUUUCAUCCGCACCAACAGGAGCGCCUGCAGGCCGAGAUCGAUGGCAAGCUGACGUCUAAGGAGGACCGCAUCACCUUCGACAUGGUGAACAGCAUGCCGUACCUGGACAACGUGCUGUCCGAGUCCCUGCGACUCUACCCGAACCCGCAGCUCUCACGCUGCUGCACCAAGUCUUACCACCUUCCUGGCACGGACAUCAUCCUGCCCCAGAACUGCAUGGUCUACGUGAGCCCCUACGGCGUCCAACGCGACCCCGGCCUGUACCCGAACCCGGACGCGUUCGACCCCGACCGCUUCUUGCCCGAGGUCAAGGCAAACCGGCACGCGUGCGCGUGGCUGCCGUUCGGCCAAGGGCCGCGCAACUGCAUCGGCAUGCGGUUCGCGCCGCUGCAGGCCAAGCUGGCGCUGGUGGCGAUCCUACGGCGCUACUCUUUCGUCCCCGGAGCCAGGUCGGGCGGCGCCGUGCCGGAGAUAGAUGCCGCACCCGGCCUGCUCAAGGAGAAGGGCGGUACCUGGCUGAAAGUGGUGAGGCGUGGGUAGACGGCCGGCGACUGCCAGAC